AUUUAUUAUGUCGUCAAAUUAGGGUUUUACGCCAUUCGCUCAAGCUAAAAGUUGCAGGCGCUACUCUCCGUUUCUGCGUUUUCAAAAAUCAGCAACAAUGGGAAAGACACGUGGAAUGGGAGCCGGGCGCAAGCUCAAGUCCCACCGCAGAACGCAGAGGUGGGCUGACAAGUCAUACAAGAAGUCUCACCUUGGAAAUGAAUGGAAAAAGCCAUUUGCUGGUUCGUCACAUGCUAAGGGCAUCGUGCUGGAGAAGAUAGGCAUUGAAGCUAAGCAGCCUAACUCUGCCAUUCGUAAGUGUGCUAGGGUUCAGCUCAUUAAGAACGGAAAGAAGAUUGCUGCCUUCGUACCUAACGAUGGUUGCUUAAACUACAUCGAAGAAAAUGAUGAAGUAUUGAUUGCCGGAUUUGGAAGGAAGGGUCAUGCUGUGGGAGAUAUUCCCGGGGUUAGAUUUAAGGUGGUGAAAGUAUCGGGCGUUUCCCUCCUUGCCCUUUUCAAGGAGAAGAAGGAGAAGCCUAGGUCUUAAGUGAUUUUGCUACUAAUGUUUCUGAUGAAAUGCUGAAUCUUGGUUUUACUUUUUUUUUUUGUCUUCAGUUUAUGUCAAACUUCUAUUUCGUUAUAUGUAAGAGUUCAUGAACAAGCAUUCAGUGAAUUUUGUUGGCUAUUUUUAGUUUCAA